UGUGUGUGUGUGUGUGUGUGUCAUAUUUCAGCUGUAAAAUCCUCUCUAAGAAUGUUGUUGUUGAACCGCCUGCAGAAUGAAGUACAAGAAGAAGAGUUUCAUUUUGAUUUCAGGUGAAAAUGUCAUAUUCUGCAUUAGGGUUUUUCAUAUUUUUGAGAAAGAAAUGACAGAAAUUAGGAAAGAAGGAAAAGAAACUUAAGGAAAAUGUUCAAGGAGAAAGACAUGAGGGACAUUCGGUAAUUGACAUUUAUUGAUUGAUUUUUGAUCAUGAUUUGGAUAUUAAAUCUGGGAAAAACUACAGUGAAAAGUGUAAUAUUUCCCUUUGAAAUAUAAUGAAGAAUAUACAAUAUAACCAUAUAAAAUACAAUAUAACGUGAUACUCAAGUAUAGUGGUACUCCUCUUAAGUAGCACAUAGAUGGAUAGAGAGAGAGAGAGAGAGAGAGAGAUAGAUAGCAUUUAGAUCUACUUUAUUGAUCCCAAGUAUGUUAAAGUAGCAGGUUAUCUAUAGAAUACACAAUAUACACUAAAUAAGUUAGAAUACACUACAAUAUACUAAACUUCUACAACUAAAAUAUAAAGGAUAGACACACUAUAUACAUUACACAAGUGUGCAGUUUUCUUUAUAUAAAAUGGUAAUAUUGAUAUCUUUGAUAGGUUUGAAAGAAGAAGCAAUUUGAAAUCAGUUUAGGGAAAUUAAAAUGGCAUUUUUCACGACAAUCGAGAGAAUAAUCAGUGAAUUGCAGCCCUACUGUGAUGUGACCAUGACUGUAUAAGUACAUGGCUUUGGCCCUCACACUCUUAUUUUGAAAGACGUAACCGGAAGCCCUGCACAGCCCAGCUUGACUGUGGUCCCUUCUCAGCAUCAUCGCAUCAUCCGCUGUCUUCUCCCCCAACACGGGACCGAACAUUGACCCGGGAUAAUGGACGACGUCCCUCCGAUCGUCAACAUCACCAUCUCGCUGCGGAUCCAACCCAACGAGGGUCCCGUGUUUUUUAAGGUGGACGGAACCAGGUUCGGCCAGAACAGGACCAUCAAACUGCUCACUGGCUCCAAAUACAAGAUCGAGGUGGUGCUGAAGCCUGGAAACGUCGAGGCCAUCAACAUGAACAUCGGAGGCAUCGUCUUCCCUCUGGAGCAGCAGUCCAGGGACGAGGAGUCGGUGGUUUAUCACGCCCAGUAUGACACCGAGGGUGUCCCGCACACUAAGAGCGGAGACCGGCAGCCUGUCCAAGUCAGUAUGGAGUUUAACAAAGCAGGGGCGUUCGAGACGGUCUGGCAGGCGAAAUACUACAACUACUACAAGAGGGAGCACUGCCAGUUCGGCAACAAAUUCAGCAACAUCGAGUACGAAUGCAAGCCCAACGAGACGCGGACCCUCAUGUGGAUCAACAAGGAGACGUUCAACUGAGCCCGCUCCUCCUCCUCCCACGCACCAAACACCCAGCAGAGGACAUCAGUUGGCCUACCUUUGAACAUCAGCAUCAGAAUUAAAAGGACAGCCUCAUCUCGAAGGCGUGCGUCACAUCAGCGAGGGUGUUUUGUGUUGUCUUAUCAAAAAGAGGAGAGAGAAUAGCUGUUUGCUAUGCUGGUCUUUAAAGGGUUGUUCGUUGUUUUAAAGCUGCACUCUGCAGCGGUGCUUUUCGGCAGCUUCACAUGCCAGCAAAAAGGGAAUAGUUUAGCUAAUAUUCAGAAAUCCUAAACAGUGACGUAAGUUAACUGCACACAGCGUGCUCAUGUUCGCCAACAAGGCUGGUUUAAAAUGUUUUAUAACAAAUGUAAUGAACAGGGAAAAGAUCUGAGGUUUAAAAGUGCAGUUUUCUCUCAUGUGUCCGUAUUUAAGUCUCAACCCCUCACUCACUACGUGGGUGCUUCAGUGAUCAAACACCAAGAGAAGCUCAGUAGCUUUAGAGCCGGAGUGUGUGGGGUUAAAGGAACACUCGGACAUUUUGUGAAAUACGCUUGUUUUUCAUCUCACAUGAGAAGAUAUACAUUUCACCUCAGUGCUUCCGGUACAGAGAUACAGCCUGGGAUGUGAUUAGCCUAGCUUAGCUCAAAGACCGGAGGCAGGGGGGAACUUCGGCCCAUUUCUGAGCUCAGCACUCUGUAAGUUAAGCGAUCUAGAACGCUGCAAUGAUAGUUUUCUUACUUGCUUUCCAUGCAUGAGAUUUCUUUCUGAGUAGGAUCAAAGAUUUGGACUUUUCCCCUUAGAUUAGGGUCCAUCAAAGAGAAACAAAUAUCCAUCUUGAAGUCAGCAGGGUUUAUUGGACAGUGGACAUCGGACAGAGUUCAGAGUUUGACUUUAGCGAUGCGGUCUUCAGUCCCAACAGAUACAGUACAGCAUCAAAGUCUCCUGUUCCUGCACCAUGCGAAACUCUUUUGGAGUUUGCAUGUGGAGUUUUUUGGAAGGUGUAUUUGUUCAAUGUUGAUGGAGCUAGGCUAGCAGUUCCCCCUGCUCCCAGUCUUUGUGCUAAGCUAAGCGAAACACAGAAGCUAUCUCUCUGCACUGGAUGGACAGAGAUUAAUAUUAAUAGUCGACACUCUGGAGAAGAAAAUAAAGAAGAACGUUUUAUUGUCCCAAAAUGUUCCUUUAAAGUGGAGUAAAAAUAAGCCCUGAUAAUUAAAAGCAUCUCUCGUUGUGAGGGACCUAGCGCACCAGCUAGCAUGGUGUCAGCUGAAGACCAGGAUGGAAGACAUCUGUGGGUGGCAGAAGUAUUUUAUCUUAUUUAUUAACGGUGUGGAUGUGUCCGUGAGAGAAGAGACGCUGUAUGAGAGUGUGUACAUCAUCGUAAUAGUUUUGACUUUUCUUAUAUGUUAAGUAUUGUGUUAUUUAAUCAAAAGAAACAUUGUUUAAACAAACGGGUAGCAUGAAGGGAAGUUUCUUCCUCUUGUGGAUAACAAACAGGACGAUUUCAGACGCAGUGACUUCAUGUUCAGAUAUCUCCCAGUAAAUGUGAAUUUGGUGACAAAAAAGAGAAAAUAGCAAACGUUCUGGUAGAAAUGUAAUAAAAAGAGUUUCUGUAGGAAUGAGCCACAUCACAAACAACAUGAGACGUAACCGUGUGAGUGGAAGAUGGUGGAUUCCUCCUUUACAUUUAAACAAAUCCCUUGAAAAGACCAAAACCAAAAAUGUUUUCUCUCUGGCUGUGUAUCGCUCUCAGCUCCAAGCCCAUUGGUUCCUACUGAAGAUGUAAAUCCUAAAAAUAUGUUGUUACAUUAAAAACAAAAGAAGAAGAAGAAGAAAGAAAUAGCACAUUUAUUGGGGACUAUUUUCAGGGGCGGAUUAAUCCGAUGCUUUAGUGAGUGAAAAUAAAGUACAGUGUGUGUUAAUGUCAUUAAGGCUCAUUGGUGUGUUUUUAAUAGUUUUUGGACAACAGUGGAGCUCACACAGGAAGAAGACACAUCUGGUUUUAACACACACACACACAGACACACACACACUCACACACACACACACACACACUUCUUGUCCGUCGGGACAUUCAUUGCUGGUUUUGGUGUUUUCUUGGUAUUUGUUGACGAUGAGAACAACGAAUCUUUAAGCCUUCAGACUGCUCCGUCGCUCUGCUGAAGAGGGGACGAUCUCUUCUGUCUUUUGUUUUGAGACACGAUGCUUAUCGCAGGCUUCGCUUUGCGUUACAUUUUUACUCUUUUGUUUGUCUGUUUUCUCCUGAAGUGCACGGCUGGAUUCAUCUUUUGCCAAAUAUGUUUAGUUACGAUAUCUCAAUGCAUAAACCUUGCUGUUUCGUUAUGUGUUGAACUAAGGAGUAUAAAGUGUCUUUGUGAAUAAAACAGUAUACCCAACCAAUA